UGAGACAGAGAGAGGUGAAGAGAGAGUCAGCAUUGUGUGUGGGGACACGUAGGCUACAGUUCUGGUCAGUGUUUACUGAGACACAGGCAGUAGAUAUAUGUCAGAGUUUACAGUUUAGAGGAGGUGUCAUCUGAGAAGUUAAUUUCAACUAUAAGCAUGAUUUAUUUUGAAAAGAGCUGCGUGAAAAUCUUGAAAUAAGGAAGCUGCCUGCUGGGGAAUUUCCAGUUCAUUUUGCGAUUAGUGUAUGGAAUAAGAAAGACUGAGUGAAGAAAACAAUGGAGCAGAAGAGAAAAGGAGAGAUGAGAAAGCAGAAGAAGGUUUCUCAAAAUUUCUUGUUGCUGCUGGCUGUGCUCCAAAUCACCGCACCCUCCUCAGCUCAAAACACUACCAGUACCACCACCACCUCCACCACCUCUAUCACCACCUCUAUCACCACCAGCACUUCAGCACCGAACCCUGCAGUUCUCAGUUACCGCACACGCCCACGUAACAUCAAAGUGGCUGUGGGAGAACCUGCAGUGUUUCUCUGUGGAGUGCCCAGAGCUUCUUCAAAUGUCACAUUCACCUUCUACGGGAGUCACCACAACUACACCCUCAGAUGCCCCUCGGGCCACAUGGAAGACAUCCCCCAGGCUCUCUAUGGAAGUUGUGAUGUGAAGAAUGGAGAGUUAUUGGCUAUUUGGACCCUCAAGGGAACUUCUUUCUCCGACAAUGGCACAAAAGUUGUAUGUCAGCAGUCAAGGAAUCCCAGUGCAGUUGUUGCCGUCCUACAUGUCUAUGAUAACGGCGCCAGCUAUGCCACUCUCAUCGGCUGUGCCAUUGGGGGCUUCUUCGGCAUCCUGUUGGUGUUUGGUUUAUUGUAUGCUGCGCUGCUGAGAUCUGAGAAUCUCCGGAAGUGCUUCAGAGGAAAAGAAAUAGAGGAUGACAUGACCACAAUAGUAACAAAGGAGUAAACAGAGACAGAAAGUGAAGCAGGACUGUUUUGUUGCUUGAUGUUGCUUUGUACUGCUAACCAACAGAGAAUAGAAACAGAAAUUAUCAGUUAAUCUUUUGACGAAACUAAGUGAAGUGAGAGCUGGACUUAGCCCACCCACUGACCACUAAUAUCUUCACUUCCAUGUUCUACCCUUAAUAAUUGGACUCUGCACACUUACCAGUGUAUAAUAUACUAUUAAGCACUUUACUCAACACAUCAAAAAAUAAUUAUGCCAAAUUGCUCUCCCCACUUGGUGCACUGUCGUACAUCAAUGUGUACUGCAUUUAUGGUAUAAAUCAUAUGUAAAAUUUGUUGUUGUGUCCUCUAAUGUGGAUAAAACAAUAGGACACCAUAGUCAGACUGCAUGUAGUGUUUAAAAGCAAAGAUCUGAAGAGCAAUCUAAAUCCUAAAUUUGAAAUUUAAAUUUAAAUUUGAAUUCAUUGUUUAAACAUUCAGUAGUAAUGAAAUAUUUACAAAGGGUUUCCUGCUGAUUAAGCAACUGACCGCAGCAGGAAGUGGUCACUGUGGUUCUUAAAGUGCUGAGUAAAUGCUCACCUGCAGACAGGCAUUGGUUAAAUGAGGAAUAGAGGAGUAGCUGCUCUUUGCAUUGUAUGUACAUAUGUUUUAUUUUUAUUCCAAUUUCCAGUAAACUAAAGAAGGCAAAAUACUCAUUGGUGGGGGUCCACGCUGUGUUUGUAAUACCAGAUCAGUCAGCUGCACUUUUGUGAUUUGUCCACUUGAGGGAAGCACUCACUGCACAGGUAACAUGCUCGUUAUCUGUUGCAACACUACUGAGAGAAAUAACAAUUUGUAAAACGCUUAAACAAUACUUCCUGUUUCUGUCACAACAUGUUGCACUUUUAUAUGAUAUUAUUAAGUUAAAACUCUAAUGAAGAAAAUGUUAUUCCUUUAUAAUUAGUCAGUGAAGUAGGUUAGAUGUGAUGCUGCAUUCUGAAGUAAAUUGUUCUGAUGCUUUUAUGGUUACACAGUCUUUACAUGAAGGUCCAGUUGCUUGUAGUUAACAAAAGUUACCAAAGGUAAACUCAGGGAUGUAUUUGUUUAUAUGCUGUUGCUGAUGUUUGUUGUUUGAGCAGUCUUUUCAUUUCUUCAGAUAUUUUCAUGAUUACUGUAAUAUGCUCUUGUUCAUUAUUUGCUCUCAUUUUCUUUUUGGAUUUGACACUGAUGCACUUGCCAAUCAGAGCUUGUAAAAAUCAAUAAUAAAAAUGAUAUUAUGACAAAAC